AACGAACUUUCGAGUGCGCGUGCGCACGAGCAUGCGCACAAACAACAAAUUGACAGCUGUCAACUUCAACCCGUCAUCGAUUCGGAAAAUUCAAAAACCGAACAUGAGUAGAUACAAGACCCUAAAUAGGUGAAAAUGUACAGAAUUGUGAGAACCGUGGCAAGGAUGAAGUUGAGUUUCCCCAAAAAAUUUCCACCCUCUCAACUGAACCCUAAACGCUUUCUGGGGGCACACUUAUGUCUGAAGCGCCACGUAUCCACCUACAAACCCGAAAACGUCUACCUAGUGGACGAAGACGACACCUCAGGUAGCGACAUAAGCAAUAACGUAAAUAAAUACACGCAACGAACGCACACUUGUGGUGACCUAAGAAGCGACAAUGUAGGGGAAAGGGUGGUCUUAUGCGGCUGGUUGGAGUUUCAAAGAAUGAACAAAUUCGUCGUCUUGAGGGACAGCUAUGGCGUUACUCAACUCAUUAUCUCGGAAAAAGACUCGAAAACGCAAAAACUGCUGCAAUCUUUGCCCCUUGAAACUAUCAUUCAGGUGAAAGGCACCGUCCUAUCGCGCCCUGAUGGCAUGAAAAACAAAAGUCAGCUCACAGGCGACGUGGAAGUCCAUGUGGAAGAAUUCACAGUUCUUAAUAAGUCAAAAGACAAUCUCCCUUUCAAUAUUAGAGAGUUCCAGAAAGCCAAGGAGGCUCUACGUAUGCAAUACCGUUAUUUAGACCUGCGCUUUCCUUUAAUGCAACGCAAUUUAAGAGUGCGCUCUGAAAUGUUGAUGAAAAUGCGCCAGUUUCUUGUUAAUUAUGGCGGGUUUGUGGAUGUUGAAACCCCCACGUUGUUUAAAGCCACACCUGGUGGCGCGCAAGAAUUCUUAGUUCCGACGCGAUUUCCGGGCCAAUUUUACUCGUUAGUUCAGAGCCCGCAGCAAUUUAAGCAGAUGCUGAUGGCCGGAGCGAUCGACAGGUAUUUCCAAAUAGCUAGAUGUUAUAGGGACGAGGGGGCCAGGCCCGACCGCCAGCCCGAGUUCACCCAACUAGAUAUAGAAAUGUCUUUCACUAACUUAGACGGCAUUUUGCUUCUUGUAGAGGAGUUGUUAGGGUAUUCAUGGCCGCGAUUUUUAGAACCUUUGCCAAAAAAAUUCCCAAGACUCACAUUUCAUGACGCGAUGGAGUUGUACGGGUCUGACCAACCAGAUGUGAGGUUUGAUUUCAAGUUGCAAAAUUGCACCGAAAUUGUCAAACUGAACAACAAGUUGGUUAAUUGUGACGAUUUUGGUGCUUAUUGUGUAGUGUUUCCUAAAGAGUAUGCAAACUUGGAUAAACCAAUCAAAGAGCACCUAAGUGAAGGUAGCAAACAGUUCCCUUUGGUUAAAUUCGUCCAAACCAAAGUAACAACGCCCAAAGAAUUCGUGUCAAAAAUAUCAAAAUUGUUAACUGAACCCGUAGCAGCGAAACUAACUGGACACAUUAAUUUAAGCGACGAUUCUAUCGUAUUUUUAGCAUAUGGCAAUAAAACCCAGGCCCAAAAAUUAAUGGGUAAAGUCCGGGUUGACUAUGUAGAUUACCUAGAAAAACUGAGUGUAACCAUCCGAAAAAAAGGAAUGCACUUGCUUUGGGUCGUUGACAUGCCUUUAUUUGAACCCAGUGAUGUACCAAAUGGCCUUAAAUCCGCUCAUCAUCUUUUUACAGCGCCGAAUGCCGCCGAUGUUCAUUUGCUAGAGUCAGCACCGUUGCAGGUCAGGUCCUUAUCGUUCGAUCUGGUUCUCAACGGCAAUGAAGUGGGUGGUGGUUCCGUCCGUAUUCACGAUCCAAAUCUCCAGGAGAAAGUUUUUGAUAUGUUGGGGAUUGAUAAGAGUAGUAUGCAGCAUAUUAUAGAUAUGCUGUCGUCGGGGUGUCCGCCCCAUGGCGGUAUCGCCCUGGGGCUUGACCGGUUGUUGUCGAAAAUUAUGGGGACGGCGAGCAUCCGUGAUGUUAUCGCUUUCCCCAAAACUUUUGAAGGUCGAGAUCCGCUGAGUGGAGCGCCUUCGCCUGUGUCAGAGGAAGAUCAAAAGCUUUACAAUAUUAAGAGUAUUUUCCCUGUUAAGUGAAAAGUAUUACUUUUAUAUUUUUAAUAUAAAGAGCGCUUUUAGUUUG